AGAAACUUGGAAAGAUGUAAAACACCAUAAAAACCAAAGCCAAUGACAAUACAAAUACCACCACCAAUAUCGGCUCACUCCUCCACCUCGUCGUCGCCGUCAUCAAUGCCACCGCCGAAGCUGAUACCCUUUCAUUAAACGACGUUGCCUCUGCCCCCGCCGCAUCUUUAUCAUUAUAUCAGCGAAAUGUCCCUCUCUCACUCUCACCCAACUCCCUUAAACAACUCCCCUGCCUUAUCCGGUAGUAGCACCACCACCGCCACCACGACCAGCAGCUUGUCUUCCGGCGAAUCCGCCGCCGUUGAACUGGUAACUCGGGAACCCGGCACGUCGUCCCACAAUUAUCCACCGUCCGAUGUGGUUACCAUUUCAACACUCAUCGACAUGGAAUCCCAUCACAUGCCUGUCACCGAUUACCUCCAUCGUUGCCAGCAACGUUCCAUCGACGUCAUAGCCCGUCAAGACUCCAUCAAUUGGAUCCUAAAGGUGCAUGCAUACUAUAAUUUCAGCCCAGUAACGGCGUUUCUCUCCGUCAACUACUUAGACCGUUUCCUCUCUUCAUAUUCACUUCCGCUACCAAAUGGGUGGCCGUUUCAGCUUCUAUCAGUGGCUUGUUUAUCUUUGGCGGCGAAAAUGGAGGAAGCCGAGGUGCCAUUGUUGCUGGACCUUCAACUGUUUGAACCCAGAUUCGUUUUCGAACCCGAAACCGUCCAAAGAAUGGAGCUCCGUGUGAUGGCCGCUCUGAAUUGGAGACUACGCUCUGUAACUCCCUUUGACUAUCUCCAUCUCUUCCUUUGCAAGCUCCCUUCCUUACCCGAUUCUUUUGCUUCUCUUCUCUCUGCUUCUUCGGAUCUAAUUCUCAGCACCACUCGUGUUAUUGAUUUCUUGCAGUUUGCACCGUCGGCAAUGGCAGCAGCCGCCGUCUUUUGCGCUGUCGGAGAGGGUUUUCAGUUUCCGGCCCAUGACGCCUUUUUCCCCGAGAGUGUAAACAAAGAAAUGGUGAGAAGCUGUCACCAACUCAUGGAGAAAUACUUGAUCGACACGUGUCCAUCUGCUCGGCUCAAGGAGCCAAGCGUCCAGCCGUCACUCGCGCCUCCAAGCCCAGUCGGCGUCCUCGACGCGGCUGCUUGUGGCAGCUGUGAUACACGCAGUUCCGGUAGCCAACUAGAGCCGCCAGCCAAGAGGUUACGCUCCUCUGCUCCGGAUGUACAGCAACAAUAGAUAGGCCCACCCCCACUCCAUCUAUCUCGCUUAAGAAUAUUUAAUUUUUCCUCAUUUUUUAUGUCAUUAAUUAAAUGAACGGCCAGGAUCGGAUCGUAUAAAGGGUAAAUCGAAUUUUGUUAUUUAUUCAAUGUUAUUAUUAAGGGAUAAAUAUAUAUUAAUUACAAUAUUUUUGUUCUUCUUCAAA